AUGAAUAAUAGGAGCAAUUUAGAAUCUUAGUCUCCAACUAGAUAGCAAUUAAAAGCUUUGCUUUGUGAAUUAUUUUUGGAAAUACGCACAAAAUUAGAUGAAGGUUCUUAGAUAUAGUUGCGAAGAGUAGUUCCAAUUGAUGAAGAUAAAAGUGUAAUAAUGAAUGCAGACUUUUCAACUGUCUUACACUACAUAAAUCAAAUUUCAAGUUAUUUGAUCAAUUAAAAGCACGAAUUGGAAUAGAUAAUUGAAAAAAAGAAUUCAGAUGAAUGUAGUGAUUACGAAUCUUGUCUUUAAAAAUUAGAAGCAGAAGUUCGUUAACAUAUUAGAAUUGAACAACAGUUGAAAUUAUACGCAGAGACAACACAAGAAAAAUUAGAAUAAGUAACUAAAGAGAAAGAUGAUUUGGAGUUAAAAUUUAAAAAUGUUAAUUUAGAUUAAAUCAAGUAAAUAGAAAAGACUAAUAGUUAGAUGAUUGAGCAACUCAAUAGAAAAGAAGAAGAGUAUAAGUAGCUUUAACAAUAAUAUAACUAGAAAACAGAUUAACUAAAUGAAUAAGAACAAACAAUCUAAUAGUUGAAGGCUCAAGUUUAGCAACUACAACUUUCAUAGCAGUAAUAAUAAAACAAUCAUUUAACGAACUCCUAAUGGCUAUAAUAGCAAUAAUAAUCUUCAUAACCAUCAUUUAAUUCCCAUUUGAUUUAAGGAGACUCAACCUAAUCUUCAAAAAUGGUUUCAGUCAACCCAAACUUAUAAUCAAAUUAAUCAAACGAAAUUUCUUUCAUAGAUGCUAAGAGAGGUAAAAGAUCUGUAAGUAGUAUGAAUGAGGAUACAAUUAAAAAAUACACUUAAUUUUCUCAGUCUUCCUAGAUCAAUCCUCAAUAAAUUUUAUCUUCAAGUUCACAAAUAUAAUAUAAUACUUAAAACAAAAACUUAAAUUCGGACUAAGUUGGUGAAACCCAAAAUGCAAGGCUUUACACUGAUCCACAUGUCUAAGAAAGAAGCUCAUCAAGACUUGGAAAUGUAGGAGAAAUGAAAGAAAACAGGAAAUCAUUUGACAAAUAUGCCUCAUCAAUUUAGGAAAAAUUAAUGAAAAAAGAGGGUUAAGGUAUAUCAUACUAUAAUGAAAAUAACAGUAAUAAUAGCAACAGUGGUAAUUUGAAUAACAAUAGUUAUAAAAAUAUUCAUAAUAAUAUGAUAAACUCAAAGGCUGCAAAUACAGCUACCACUCUAACAUCAGCACAAUAAAGUAAUAAUAGGUAAAAUUUAAGUUAAAUGGGAUCUUAGAAACAGACUUAAAAUUAGGUAUAAAUGCCAAUCGUUUCUAAUAGUGGCAACAACCCGUCUAUGUAUUUAAAUGCAUAAAAAUAAAAAAGUGGACAACAAUAGUAAAUAAAUAAUAUAGCAUAAUAAUAAUAAAGUUAUUUGUAGUAAAGUGGAGUUUAGUAUGCUAAUAUAGCUAUUCAAUAAACUUAACUUUAUCCCUCAUAAAUAUCUUCUUAGCAUUCUUCUACAUAAUAGCAAUAAUAGUAACCAAACUACAUUUCUGGUUCUAGAGUAAAAUAUACUCACCACUAACAAAAUGCCUCUGCAAGUGGAUUGAGUUAAACAAAUGCUAUUCCAUAGGCAGCAAAUUUAAACGGUACAGGAUCUAAUUAAUAUGAAGGUAGUUAUUAAACAUUGGAUUCUUAAAGAAAUAAGUAAGCAUUGACAAAUAAAUUAAAUGAUAUCUAGAACUGCUUAUCAUCGAGAUAGCCUAAUUCUAUAGUAAGCUAACCUUAACAAUAUGUGUAGACGUCAGCAUAUACAACAGGUUUACAUGUGAGAAACCCAUCCAACUAAUCAGCCUCAAAUAUCAAUGAAAAAUAAAAUGCUAUGAAUAGUAGUUAUACAUAACAACAUUCAGGUUAAUAUUAAUAUAAUUAAUAAUAAUUUGCUUAAGCAAAUAUAAAUAAUGCUUCUAAUCUCAAUACAAGUAAUAUAAAAUAUUCUCCUGUAACUUAACAGGUUUCUUACACUAACACUCAAUAAUUGUAGCAAAAUAUUGAUUUAAAUAAGAGUUAAAGAUCAUACAUGAAUGCUAGCUCCAAUAACAUCAAUAAUAAUAAUAAUAAUAUAAGUAUGAACUAAUAUAGCUCAAAAGAAUAAAAUAAUAGCACUUUGAAUAUGAAUACAUCUUAAAUAAAUACAUCAACAAAUAAUAAUAAUAAUAACAAUAGUAAUUAUAAAAGCUCAUUAUCUAAUAAUUAAAUUAAUAACACCUAAAUAUCUAGCAAUUCUAAAUAUGGUCAGUUUAUCUAAUCUCAAAGACCAAAUUCUUCGUUUGAAAAGUCAAAUCCCUAUAUCCAAAAUUAAAAGCCCUAGUAAGGAAUAGUUGGAGCAUCUAAUUAAUCCUAAAAUUUAAGUAUCAAUAAUGGAUAAAUAGCUUAUUAACAAUCUGGUUCUAACAAUCCUCGUAGCUAAAGCAUGGAUGGAUUUUAAAAGUAAUAGUAAAUAAUAAAUAAACAAGGAAACACCCAAUAAAUUUAGAAUGCUUAUUUGAAGUAAAAAACAAGUUCCCAAAUGCAAACAGCAGAAGUAAUUAAUAACAUGAUCAAAAACUAUAAAAUGAAUUGA